AAGGAGUCAAUGUCAAUGUCUUGCGAAAACGCCUUCACCGUCGAUUCAUACAUCAAUAUUUUAAAUAUGCUGGCCUACGUAAUAUACUUUAUAUUUAUCGUUGUAAUAUUAUAUCUUUACUUUUGAGUGUACAGUGAAUUUCAAUUUGGAAAAUAGUUAGGGGAAUGUGAAUCAUCGAAGUGAGGCAUGAGAUAUUCAUGCCAAACCCUGCAGGAUGGUGAAAAAGCGUGCUGAUGUAAGAUUUAAUUCUCUUUCUCAAAUUGUCUGACGCUUUUUAUAAAGGAGAUUUUUAAAUCUAAUUGUUCACAGAAAUGUAAGACUACGGGCAAGGAAAGAGACGAUCAUGGCGUAUUAACCAAGACCAGAUUCGGUCCUCUGAGUAUUGAGAUUAAAGAUCCAAGAUCGGCGAUUCUUUUAUUAAAAAGUGGAGAAGAUCAAGCUGUAAUCGCUGCGAUAGUAGCACUAUCAAAAUUCGGAUCAAAAGGAAUUGAAAAUCUUGGAAUCCUCCAUGAUCUCAACGUCGUAUCGCUUGUCAUCCCCUUGAUAAUACAUGAAGAGAUAUUCAUUCGGAGGUUUAGAAGAUUACAUUGCAAUAUAAAAUAAAAUUCUGCUACAAAGCAGUGACUGCAGUUAACUCGCAAAUAAUUCAGGGCGUGAUUUGAUAAGCAUUAUAAAUCUUCUCAAUUUAGAUUUGCUACAAAGUUAUUGGCAGAAAUGGCCGUACUGAACGAUGUUCGUAACUUUCUGCUGGGCUCACAAUGUUACGUUUCACAUUUCAAAAAUGUCCUAGUAAAUGAUACGGAUAUUUUUAUCCACGAGUUCGUUAGUUUGAUAUUGGCAGAGUUGUCAAAAGAUAUGUUUGGGGUUGCUCAGUUAUUAGAGAAUUGUGGCAAUAAUUUCGAUUUCUUAUUUGAACGAAUUAAAUCCGCUGAUCCUGAUGUUAAAAAGAAUUCGAUUGAAAUCAUACAUAACUUAUUGAGAGACCCGAUAGCGGCACAACGGAUAAUCAAAACAGAGGUUUGCAAAAUUUAGGCUCGAAUGAUUUGUCGUAGAAUUUAAGCCCUGAAAAGAAUUUGAAGUGGUGAAAUUGUUUUCACUCCAAGUUCUAAAUCAUAUUCUGAUGGUCUGUGAUUUUCUAUUGAUCUAGAAUUUCGAUUUUUCAUCAAUACAAGAACUGCUGAAACAACCAUAUCCAGUCAUUCAAUUACUAACACUGGAGGUAAUUAACUUCCUAGUUGCAAGGUGUAAGGAUGAGAACAUCCAAAAAUUAUUCCGUUUAUCCCGAGGUCCUGAAGCAUUGCUAAAUAUCCUAGAUGUAAGAUUUGUUACUGAGAUGAAGAGUAUGUGUUUAAUAUUUUAUUGAAGUCAUCUAUAGAAUUUGUAUUCCCUAGAAUGUCGAAUUCGAAGAUCUGCAUCAAAAAGUAUUAGAAAUUCUCUCAUUGGCAUGCGAUAAUCAAAAGACAGUAGAUUCGCUCUGUAGCACAGACGGGAUUCACAAGCUUCUGAAUUAUAUGGAGAGUUGUGAUAAAAAACUGGCAUUAGAUAUCCUCAAUGUUAUCGUUCAACUAGCAAACUCGAUACAUGGCAGAAAAGUAAGAAAUUUUCUAUUUACUGUUUCAAAAAAGUUACAAUAGCUAUAAUAAUCAUUCCAAUAUGAGUAGGUUUAUUACAACUCCAUAUUGAUAACUCCGAAAUUUUAAUUUUAGGAGUUGCACAAACGAGGCAUAAUUCCCCAAUUGUUCAAUUUAAUGUGCGAACCUCUGAAUCUCGAAGUUGCUCGUUCAAGUUAUUAUGGUAUUGCCAAGAUGGUGCAAUAUGGUCCCGCAGCUGAAGAAAUAACUUCAUCAAAUCCUAUCCCAAGCAUAAUUGGUAAGCAAUAAAGUGAUGCUUAUCAUCUAGUCAGAUAAUGUUUCAUUUACCUUUAACUAAAAUCGUCUAUCAAGGUUCUGUAAAAAAUGAGAAUUUAAAACCAAUUGUGAGACACGCAGCUAUCUACUGCCUGGCAGAACUAUUGUUCUCUGAUCGCCGGAAUUGUUUUAAUUUAUUUCAAAUUGAAGGGCAGGUAAUUGCGCAUUAUAUUGCCAAUCGUUAUGUAUCAAUGUCAUGGUAUGUUGAUACGUUAUUGCAGAUUCAUUUAUUACGGAUGAUCAAAAAACCAACCGAAAAUAUUUCAGUCGAAAUGCAAGUUACAGCUUUGCAAUGUCUUCGCGCUAUUGGUAGUUAUCCUGAUUUCAGGGAGAAGAUCAUCAGUGCCGAAUUCAUAGAUGUUCUCUGCACACCGAUUGCACCCGAUACCAAUUCAAGUCUAGCCGAAUGCAAAGUCAAUUGUUGUGACGUAUUAUCAAUAUAUUGUGUUGAAAAAGAGGCGAGGGAAUUUUUUUCACGCAUCGAUGGGCCGCAGAAAUUAUAUAAUUUAUUACUAGAUUCUGAACCUGUCCCAGUCAGAAAUGCGGCAGCUCGAUUGAUGAUGCAAUUAUGUUCCGAUCAAGUUAUGGCCGCACAACUUAUCCUUUCCGGAUCCUUGGAGUAG